AUGCAAAGACAAUAUCUUCAGUUUGACGAGGCUCAAGGGAAUGUUGUGGCUAAGAACCAUGGUUAUGACCUAUCUUCUAUAGAGGCAAGGGAAGCUGCCAGUGGCAUGCAUAUGAAUAUGAUUAAUUUCACUCAACCUACAACGUCCAUGGCUUCAUCUAGAAACAUUGAAAUUUCUAAAUCAACUGUUUCUAGGCCAUCCGGUAUUGGCUCACACAUAAAUACCAUCAUGCCUACUGGUUGUGGGGCCACCGGAAAUGCAAUAUCCGGUGACAAAGGUUGUUUGAAAAUGCCGACAAGAUUAGUACCUACUAUGGGGUGUCAUCAACCAGAAAACACUAGGAAUAUCCCCACUUUAUUGAACAACAGGGGGAAAUUUUUGGCCAGCAGUGAAGGAGGUAUUCAUGAAGCUCCGGCCUCAGGAUUAACAAGUACUCUUGCUCCUCAGCCUUCCCAAAUUGUGAAAGCUUCAAAUUAUCCCGGAUUCUUAGAGCUAGGUGAGUAUCAGAGAACUCAGGGCGACAAAAGGGAGUCCAUGAAUGAGCAUGCGGAUGCUGUUGAGGAGUCAAACCAAUCAGGCCCCAAAAAGAAAAGAAAGCAGGCAACAGGCAUGAGUGAUGAUGAUAUCUGGAAGCGUUGCAAUUGUAAGAAGACUAAAUGUUUGAAACUUUACUGUGACUGCUUUGCUGCUGGCAUCUAUUGUGCUGGAUCUUGUACUUGCCAAGAUUGUUUCAAUAACCUUGAUUAUGAAGAUACAGUUCUUGACACUAGACAACAAAUUGAAUCUCGAAAUCCACUUGCAUUCUCUCCAAAGAUUGAAGAUGCGAAUAAUUCAACACCAUCCUUAGCAAGGCACAAGAGAGGGUGCAAUUGCAGGAAGUCUACGUGUGUGAAGAAGUACUGUGAGUGCUAUCAGGCCAAUGUUGGAUGCUCUGACGGAUGCCGGUGUGAAGGAUGCAAAAAUCCCUAUGGUAUAAAGGAGGAAUAUGGCGUGGCUAAGGAUGUCCCAAAGGAAGGAUCCUUUCCUGAAAAAUCUGAGACACAACUGAAUGAGAGGAUGGAAAUGGCAGCAGCAGCAGGACAAGAUAGUAUGUUGGCCAGUGAGCUGUUCAACCAUCACAACUUGACACAUUUGACACCAGCAUUCCAGUUUUACGACAGCCGUAUGAAAGAUAUCCCUGAGUCCAGGUUUUCUAACAGCAGUUGCCUGCCUUCACCUCAAUCUAAUCUCCCCUUGCUGCCCGGUGAAAGGUCGCCAAUACUGCCUCCGAAGCCAGACAACAAUGGCAUGUUACUACUGAAAGCUGGGAGAGGCUUCCAAGACUCAGUUCAAGGACUGAAUUACAGCAAUAUAGAGACAGCAAUGGAAAAAUUCUCCUCACCAAGAUAUGAUCUCACUACAUUGCCUAAUCAUCCCUCCUCAUCCCCAGCCAUGGCCUUUCAAGACUCAUCAAAGUUUGUAGACAGGCCGGCAACCAUUGCAACUGCAAGAUCACAAUUGUACCCAGGAAGUAGCCAUUUACCAUCAGGGAGUUCUCCAUAUUGGCAAAGGCCACCACCCCCAACCCCGCCAGCUGCUACUCAAUUUGGUGAGAGGACAUUAACCCAGGCAGUCGAUCUUACUACACAAGAUGGCAUGCUAAAGACACCGAAUUAUACUUCUACUCCCUUGGAUGAUGAAGUUAAAGCCGACUCCCCAAGUGGCAGUCGCUUGCCAGACUCUCCAGCAUAG